AAGCUCCAUGUGCAAGCGGGGCGAAGCAGCGCAGAGAAGAGUUUGGUGUGUUUUUAGUCCGUGACAGAAAAACAAGACUCUGAAUGAAAACACAAACCUGCAGCGGAGAAGUUUAACUUGGAGAUGACGUGUUGGAUUUCGAGCUGAAAUAUCCACAGAAGAAGAAAAGACGAGGAAUAAAGAAGGAGGAGGAGAAGAAAUCCCGGCGUUUAAAAUUUAAAGUCCGGAGGAGAGAACUCUGCGUUUAUUAAAGGAUGCUUCUCUCUCCUGCUGCUGUGUGACGAACCAAAGAUGGACAGAGAACACCAAGAAAGGAGAGAGGAGGAGGCGGAGGAGGAGAGGACAAGUGGACUGGGAGAGAAGGACAGAAUACUAAAAACUCCACCCAGGAGGAGAGAAGAGGAGGUAGACGAAGAGGAGGAGGAGGAGGAGGAGGAGAUGAUGAAGGCAGGUGCCAAAGACAAAGAGAUUGGUGGACACACUCCGAUCUCUGCCUCCUCCUCCCUCACCUCCUUUCCUUUCCUCACCUCCUCUGUGUGCCGAGGAAGAGGAGGCGGAGGAGGAGGCGAGGACGGGGAGGAAGACGAGGUCAGAGUCGCCAUAGUCACCAUCGAGGAUGAGUCCUGUCCGUCCGAGCCUUUUGGCACGGAGACGACCAAUCAGAUCACACGGACAGAGGACGGAGGAGACGUAAUGAAGGAAGGAGAGACCGAAAGAGUGAAAGAGAAGGAUGAGGAGGAGGCAAACUGCGAUGAAAGAGAGGAUGAGGAGGAGGAGGAGAAGGCAGAAGUGACGUCACCAUCGCUUCACCUGCAGAAUCAGAUGAAGAGGAAGUUGGAUCAUGGUCCAGACGGCCGUCCGUUUCCUUCAGGGAAGAAGCACUGCAAGGGCAAUGGAUACCUCAGUCCUUCCAGUCUGGUUCAGGCCACCACACCAACAACAUUUGGUGACCUACGGCUGGCCAAUGGGCAUUCGGCCCAGCGGCGGCGAGUCACCUCCGGCCCGCCCCCCUCUGGCCUGCAGGACUGGCUUCAUACCUUCCAGACGUGGAGCGGUCCUGAGAGGUUAUUGGCUCUGGACGAGUUGAUUGACAGGUGUGAGACCAGUCAGGUGAAACACAUGAUGCAGGUCAUCGAGCCUCAGUUCCAGAGAGACUUCAUAUCCCUGCUGCCCAAAGAGUUAGCUCUGUACGUGCUGACCUUCCUGGCUCCCAGAGACCUGCUGCAGGCCGCUCAGACCUGCAGGUACUGGAGGAUCCUGGCUGAAGACAACCUGCUGUGGAGGGAGAAGUGCCGAGAAGAAGGUGUGUCAGAGUAUGCGUCAACUCGUCGUAGGAAGUGCUCAUGGCCAGGUGUGGCGGUCAGUCCUUGGAAAUCGGCCUACAUUAGACAACACCGCAUAGAGAACAACUGGAGGAAGGGAGACACACGGGAGCCCAUGGUGUUGAAAGGUCACGAUGACCACGUGAUCACGUGCCUGCAGUUCAGUGGUGACCUCAUUGUCAGUGGCUCUGAUGACAACACGCUCAAAGUCUGGUCCGCCAUCACCGGCAAGUGUCUGCGGACGUUGACGGGUCACACCGGCGGCGUGUGGUGCAGUCAGAUGGCGGUCGCCACGGUGAUCAGCGGCUCCACCGACCGGACGCUGCGCGUGUGGGACGCCGAGAGCGGCGAGUGUGUCCACACGCUGUAUGGACACACGUCCACUGUGCGCUGCAUGCAUCUCCACGGCAACCGGGUGGUGUCGGGCUCCCGGGACACGACGUUGCGCGUGUGGGACGUGUCAACGGGCCGCUGCGAGCAUGUGCUGACGGGCCACGUGGCGGCGGUGCGCUGCGUUCAGUACGACGGGCGCCGCGUGGUGUCGGGCGGCUACGACUACAUGGUGAAGGUGUGGGACCCCGAGACGGAGGCGUGUCUGCACACGCUGCAGGGGCACACCAACAGAGUGUACUCACUGCAGUUUGAUGGUGUGUUCGUGGUGAGCGGCUCGUUGGACACGUCAAUCAGAGUCUGGGACGCAGAGACAGGUGGGUGUGUCCACACGCUGACGGGCCACCAAUCGCUGACCAGCGGCAUGGAGCUGCGUGACAACAUCCUUGUUUCCGGGAACGCUGACUCGACGGUCCGAGUGUGGGACGUGCGGACGGGACAGUGCCUCCACACACUGCAAGGUCCCAACAAGCACCAGUCGGCGGUGACGUGCCUGCAGUUCUGCAGAGGUUUGGUUCUGUCCAGCUCCGACGACGGGACGGUCAAACUGUGGGACCUGAAGACCGGAGCCUGGCUGCGAGACGUGGUGGCCCUGCAGAGCCGCGGAUCAGGUGGCGUCGUGUGGCGAAUCAGAGCGUCCGAUACUCGGCUGGUUUGUGCUGCCGGCAGCAGGAACGGGACGGAGGAGACCAAACUGCUGGUGCUGGACUUCGACCUGGACGACAAGAAGAAGGAGACGGAGUGAGAAAUGAAACAAAGACGCCAUAAAAAAAGUUUGGAAGUUAAUUUCAUUUUGACCAAAGUCAUGGCUGGAUCUGCUUCCUGCAGCUGUCAGACAGACAGGUAUGAAUGUCACAACACAUCCUGAUUGGCCAGCAGACAUAUGGACACAUUGGGAGGACAGCUGGAUGGACAGAACAUCCACUAUGACCUGGAUACUCAAUGUGGAUGAUACAAAAAUGGCCAAAAUAUCAAAACUUUUGACAUCAUAUAGCUGCGCUGACAUGGACGACGCCAUAUUGGACGCCACAAUCACCCAAAUGACCAUCGCAAACAUGGCGACAAAUGAAUGUUUUUGCCACUUUGAUGGACAGAAACAAGGAUGUACGUUCUUUUCUACGACACACGGUGAAUGUUUGACAGACAGACAGACAGACGGAUAUGUGCUGAUCAAAAACAAUUCAGAUGGAUGCUCAUGGAUGGAUGGUUGAAUGUAACCGACGGAGGGACGAGGGCAUUGACUUCUAUUGCUGCUGAACCAAUGAGGAGCUCAACAACGCCGAUAAACAUACCAAUCCAAAUGUACCAAAUCUUGAAGGCCAGAGACACGUGGGCAACUUCUUGAGGCAAUGGGACGGGCAAUGUUGCUUUGAGUCAGUAUUGUUUUCAUACCAGCAGCCAACCUACGGCGGCUUAUUAGGGCCACUGUAGGUUAAAAAAAAAUUAGAAAUUUAAUAAAAAGCAGAGCGGGGCACUGGGGUAAUAUUCAGAGAGAAACCUCAGAAUUUCAAAGAUCAAAGUCGAAAAUUCACAAGAAAAAUCAACAAAAUUUACGAGACAAACUGUAGUGAGGAAUUUGUGUUGGAUGAAUGAGUCAAGCACAGGACUUUCACCCAGGGGACCAGGGUUUGUGUCCCAUGUGAGCCAACACUGGCUUUUUAUUUUCAGGUUUUGGGAUGUAUAAAGCCGCUGAAUGCACACUGUUUACACAAAACUCAGCCGAAUAGCCUCGUUGGUUGUAACGUCAUUGUCUUGAAUGAUGAAUUUCAAACAUAUGUCUCGACUAGACGUUGCUGGGAUUCGCUGUUUACAGGUGGAGUAAAGCGAUGUGGUUCCUUGACAAAAAACAAAAGAACAAACACUAUUUUUUCCUAGUAAAUUUGUCACUUUAAUCUCAGAGAAUAUUCAGUAUUUUCUCGUAAAUUUACGAUUUUGAUCUUAAAGAUUCUUCUUUUUUCCUCACCAAUUUAUGAUUUUAUAAUCUCUGAGAGUAUUCAAAUUCUUUUAUGGUAAAUUUGUGAGUUUUGAAUUUAUGAUAUAAAUCUUGGACAGCCACAGUUUUUUCAUGCACAUUUAUGAUUUUAUAAUCUCAACAACUUUAAACCAGGAAAUAAUUCAUUUGUUUUUUGUUUUGCAAAUUUAUCACUUUAUAAUCUCAGAGAUUUUAAAUUGUGUUAUAAAUUUGUGAUUUUUUUCUCGUAAAUUUACGACUCAAACUUGAAAUUUCUUAAUUUUUUUGUCACAAAUUUAUGAAUUUAUAAUCUUAGCAAUCUCAGAGAAUAUCCAAAUUAUUUUCUGGUAAAUUUACGACUUUAAUGUUGAAAACUCUGAGCUGUCUGUGACUGUUACUCCUCCCCUGGCUCAGUUUAAUUUUAUUUAAAAAAUGUUUUACCUACGAUUGCCCUAAUACACCAUCGUACUGUCAUAGCAGGCAUUUUUCUGUUGGCGUUGUUUUUUUACAUAGUUGCCCGUGAAGUUGCCCGUCUCCGUUGCCUCUGCACGUCCUUAAUGUGUGUCGGCCCUGCAGUACUGUAACAUAUGUUUGUGAGCUGAUGGCGGCGCAGGAAACGCUGGCCGUUAUCUCAACUGGUGAAACCGUGAAAGUGGCUGGAGUGAAAGUUUCCCAUCCAGCAGAGAGGAGAGGACUGAAGUGGAAACCAGUAUAAUCCAGCCACAACCAGAGUCUUACAUCUGCAAACCAAACCCUCGCUUUGAUUCAAGCUUCACAGCCGCCUGUUUUGAAGGUUAAAAAAACAUGAUUUUAAAAGCAGAGGAGGAUUAAUGUAAUCGCUCAAAGCUGCUCGUCACCUCUAUAAAACCUUUACAAGUGCACUGCACAUUAAGUCACUCACAUGUUUCAGUGAUUCACGCUGCAGUUUGGCUCAAAAUGCAAAUCCUCAGUCUGCGUGUUCGCGCCAAAGUGAAAGUAAAGACAGAAAACGUGCCAUCGUUAAUGCUGUUAGUAACACCUGAGUUUUUGCUGCUGACGAGUCAAAGAACACAGUGUAGAUCUGUAAGCUUACCAAACACUAAAUCACCCGUACACUCAACUAGUUUCAAUCAGUAAUCAGGUUUUUCCUUCAACGUGUUGUAGUUUGUCUUGCUAAAUGUAAAAUAAGACACUUUUUAUUGCAAGAAACUGAAAGUAAAAUCAGAAAAAAAUAGCUUUAAUGAACCAACUUUACAUUUAAGCAGUUUCUUCUAAUCAGUGAUUCUUGUUCAAAUUUUUCUCAUAAUUUUUCUCUACAGCCCGGAAAAUUGCAGGGAGAUCAAUAUGAGGAAAGAUUAGCAUAGCAAAGAAAGGACAUUUAAUUAAUCAGCAAUUUAUUUAUGAAGUUUAAUCACUACUGAAUACUUCAAGCUGAACUCUACCACUGCAUUUACGUCAUUUUAGAUUUUCAAAAAGGUAAUUUCAGGUUUCACCAUUUCAACAAAAUUUCAGAUUGUAGUUCACAAUAUAAAAUAUAGAAAAUGUACUUCCUUUGUCCCUUCUGUGCUUCCAUAGCCGGAGUUUGAGUCAUCAGAGCUGUUUUCUGUUAUUCAAAAUCUGUAAAUGGUCGCGUGUCUCCCUCAGCUUAUUAAUAACUCAUGAACUCCAUUUUUUCUGCCAUAAAUGUCCGAAUUAGCUCAUAAUUAAAUUGUAUUUUAGCAAGAAAAAAAAAAUCAACAUUUAAAAAAGACUAAGGAAGCACAGAAAAAGCCAUUUAAUGACCACUUAAUUGUGAAAUUUAAUCACAGCUAAAUAAUGUUGAAUAGCAUUAAUAUUUAAGUUUAAAAAAAACAUCUGAAUUUUUCUGUUUUUUUAUUUUUUUAUUUCAUUUCAUUCGGUUAUAUUUCACAAUAUACAAUAAAAAAAAAAAAAAAAAAAGAAUUUAAAUGAUUUUGUCCUUCCUGUGCCUCCAUACGAUCCUUUGAUUCAUCUGUCUUCAGCUACGUUCAAAGCUAAAUCUCCAAAGGGUCACUCCUCAUGUUUCUCCUCAGCUUAUCAAAUAUUAAAAAAAAUACAUAAAUGAUUUAAAACAACUCCCCUUACCAGAUAUUAAUCCAACAUAAGCUGCCGUUGCCAGGCAACACCUCCAGCCAAUCACCAGAGGUCUGGGUGAUGUUUCCCCCGGCAACAGGUGGUAUUUUCAUGCUGUGAAAGUUGAUCUUUCUGCAGGUGUGAGGCUCUGGUGACGUCAUCGUGUAAAAUAGUGUAAAUAAGACAAAGAGGAUGUAAAUAUUCAGCUUUUUAUAAGAAGAGAAACAGAAAAUAUUGAGAGAGGAGACGAGGAUGGAGGGAUGAAUGUGGAUCAAUAAAGAUGAGUUUUAUAAAAA